UCCGGCGACACGUCUCCCAACACACACCGAGCCGUCUGAUAUUGAUUGAUUUAUUUAAACCUCUGCAGACUUUUCCUUUAAAAGGCAAUGCUUUGACACUUUUGUGACAAACAGAGAGUCAGAGAAGAGGUUUUAAGAUAGCUUUGAAGCUUUAGACGGGCUCCAGAUGGGGGAGGUGAGGAAGCUGCAGAAGAAACUGAGACAGAUUGGGAGUCUGGAAAUAAAAAUCAGUCUUUCCCCAGAGGAGAGAUUCAAGAUCUCCAGGAAGGCGGAGCUGCGUUCCAGAUUGGCUGAGCUUCAGCUGCAGCUUUCUGGCCCGCAGCAAACUCUGGGGAUUGUGGCAGACGGAAAACAGGAGAAGAUGAAAAGACAUGUGGAGGAUGCCCCCGAGGCCUUUCCAUCACAAACGCCCCCAGCCCCGAAGAUCCUUAAAGCAGAGAAGAAGUCCAAAACCCAGGAAACGCCAGCGCCGGCUGCCAGGCAGAGGGAGGCAGGCGGGGGGGCGGAGAGAGACAGACAGCAGGAAAGAACCGCGCCGGCCAAGAUGUCAGAUCACUGCCGGGAAGUCCCAGCAGAAAGAUCCGGAUCUGACACGGAGCAGCGGCAGCAAGAGGCAGAAUUUGCAUGCCUGAAAUCAUCAUGGGAGAAGUCGAAGUUUCGCUUGAGGCUGUUGGAGGGUCACAACGACAUCGUCACCUGCGUGGUUGCUGUUGACAACCUGGUGGUUUCUGGAAGCCGAGACACGACAGUGAAGGUGUGGCACGUUCCCACUGCUGCAGAGGAGCACAAGAACCUGGGGGGUCACACCGGGGGGGUCACCUGUCUGUCUGCACCUCCCCCCGAGUACUGCAAGAGGCUGGCCCGGGCUCUGUCUCUGUCCGAAAAAGAGAGGUUUAUUUUGAGUGGCUCUGCAGACUGCAACGUGAAGAUCUGGGCCCUGAGCGCCGGUCAGUGUGUGAAGUCUCUCUACACGUUCAACGCCGUGACCGCACUGUGCUUUGUGCCAGAAGGAGACGGCUACAUCGUCACUGGAUCAGACGCGGGGAAAGUUCAGGCCUGGAGCUGGCACACUUUCCAGAACUGCCAGUCCAUCAACGCUCACCAGGAAGCAGUCACCUCCAUCCAGGCUCAGGGUCCGCUGGUGUUCGGCGGCUCGGCUGACGGGGGGGUGUCGGUGUGGGAGAACCGGUGUUCGGACCGAGACCCUCUGCGGCUGCUGCACCACUGGGGGGGGGAGGUGACGGGCUGUGGGACGGGGCGGGGGGGGCGUCUCACCCUCAGCCCCCGAGGAGACAUAGUCUUCCUGUCCUACGGCCGAGCCUGGCUCAAGAUCCUGCACUGGAGGACAGGAGCCAUGUCCAGGCUGACCAAUCACAGCAGCAUCACCGGGGUAACAGAUUGUGUGCACCAGACAGGAGGCCUCCUAAUUGGCUCCUGCUAUGACCUGGCCAACGGAGAGAGCUCGCUAAAUCUGUUCUCGCUGCCUCAGUGUCGCUACCUGGCCUCUCUGACCUGGCCCGAUGCUCCCAGAAUCCUUUGCUUUGCGGCGUGGACCACAGGGAGCGGAGACCACCGCUGGGUCACUGGAGGUCGCGACCUCCUCGUGUGGGAGCAGCUCCCCAGCGCUGGGAAGCAGAGGGGUGAUGUCACAGCGAAGAGAGACAGUCGGCUGGAGUCCUGUGUGCUGGAGUCAGAGGGAGACUCAGAAGAUGACGAGGACACGGAUGAUUUCGAGGACGAUGAUGACAACGAAGGAGAGGAGCGGCGGUGUGACGGUGUGGAGGACGGAGGGUCCGGCUCGUGGCUGCGGUGCGUUCUCCAGUGAACGCUGGUUCCUCAUGCCGAGGACACCGCGGCCUGAAGCUAUGGAGAGGAAAUGAGAGGGGGGGGAGUGAAGUGUGACAGAGUGUCGGAGGAGGCAGCGUAUGUGCAGUGAGAGUGUGUGUGUGUGUAAGUGUGUGUGAGUGAUAGGCAGAUUGUUUUCUAUGUAAAUAUUAUUUUCACAUACAAUAAAGCUGUCACCCUGUGACUCUCA